AUGUCGAAGCUCUUUAUCGGUGGCCUUGCCUGGCACACGGAGGAGGCGACCCUUCGCCAGAAGUUCGAAGAGUUCGGUCCUGUGGAAGAGGCCGUUGUGGUUAAGGACCGUGACACUGGCCGAAGCCGCGGUUUUGGGUUUGUCCGAUAUUCCCAGGAGCCCGAUGCCCAGAAGGCUAUCGAUGCCAUGAACAAUGUGGAGUUUGAUGGCCGAACUAUCCGGGUUGACAAAGCAUCGGAUAAUGGACCUCGUGGAGGCGGCUUUGGUGGUCGUGGUGGCUUCGGUCGUGGUGGCUACCCUCAAGCUGGACCACCCUACGGUCAGCAUGGGCCCGGGUACAACUUGGCCGGUGCUCCCCCCAAUGUCUACCAGCCGCAGUAUGGUAGAGGUGGAUAUCAGCCAGGAUACGGCGGUCCUCAAGGCUACGCCGCUCCCCAAUACCCCUAUGUUGACCCAAACCAGCAGCAGCAGGGGCAGCCUCCCCAGACAAACGGAGGAGCUCCCCAGGGAGGUAGGGGCUUCUAA